AAAGAAACCAGCUCCCUCCGCACGUGACGCGGCCGACACCGGAAGUCCACCUGGAUUGUCGACCCAGUGGAAAGGCUGAGUGGAGGCGGGAGAGUCAGAACUUGACAGGGCCGCCAUGAGCGACGGGUCCGGAGAGCCGUCCGCUGAGGGGGCGCCCGUUACUGGGAAGGGGGUCCGAAUAGUGGUGGAAUACUGCAAACCUUGUGGCUUUGAAUCCGCUUACCUAGAGCUGGCAAAUGCAGUAAAAGAAGAAUAUCCUGACGUGGAAAUUGAAUCACGCCUUGGUGGGACAGGUGCUUUUGAAAUAGAAAUAAAUGGGCAGCUGGUUUUCUCCAAACUUGAAAAUGGAGGAUUUCCUUACGAGAAGGAUCUGAUUGAAGCUAUUCGGAGGGCCAGCAACGGGGAGCCACUUGAGAAGAUCACCAAGAGCCGACCACCUUGUACCAUCCUUUAGUCUUUCUCUCUCUGGUUCUGUCUUUCAGAUUGCUAUUUGCUGACACUGCCCCCCCCACCUGCUAGUUGUUCUUGCCUCUGCCUAUAAUUACUUGCUAGGUGAGAGGGAGUACAGAAAAGAUGUCAAUGUGAUUUUGGUUGCUUGCACACUACAAGCUAUAUAAGCAAGAACCUGAGCCAGUUUUGGAGGGGGUGAAGAUAGGAGAACAGAGAUCAGGUACUUGCCAAAUAGAAUGGACCAGUUAAGCCUUCUUCCUGAAAGGGAAUCCAGCAUUUCAAUCCUUUUGCAUUUCUAAGUGCCAGACUAUAGUUUGUCUUCAUUUGAAUGUUAACAUUUCUUAGCCCCUGUUUGUAGUCAAAAAACCCAAAGCUUUGUUUCUUUUUGCUCUUGUUUGAAUGAUUAUCGGGUCUCUUUUUCUGCUUAACUUGGUCAUUGGUUCUGAGACAUCACCUGUCUCCAUCCUUUGGGACUCCUGAUGUCUCUUAACCACGAAUCAGAAUGAGCCACUAUCUCCUGUUUUUCUCAAGGUGGGGGCAAACUCUGAGAUGUCUGACUAUGGCUUGCUAAGAAGUUAAAAAUUAUCCCUAUAUUCAAACAGGAAUGGUGUUCUGAAGGACUCCAUACCUCACCCCACCUAACUUAAUACUUGGACAAUACUAAAUUAGUAUUCCAGAGUGGAAUAGCCUCUUAUUGUGCACAUGACACAUUUGAAGUUUUCCACAGCAAUGCUACAUCUAUAUUUUCCCACCUAUGCCCGAUCACUGUCCAAAUGAAGCUAAAUCCUUGAUAAAUCCUUUCUAGGUAAGUCGUUGAAAUAGAAUGGGGCAGAUGGAGUUUAAUGACAUCCAGUCAAAAAACUCUUCACUGGAUAAACAGAGUAUUAUCAAAGGAAGCUACCAACAGAGCACCAACAGCAGUCAGGAUUUUCCCAGGACAACCCCAUAAGGAUCUUUUCAGAGAGACCAGAUUUUUGAGUGAAGGAGAGGCUGCAGCUGAUCAGAUACUUCUGAGUGGCCUGAGAAAAGCUUGCCAAAAGCACCUCAGGCAUGGACUGGGACUUGCCUGCUGCUAUACUUGCCACCCUUACAACAUAUUUGGACAUUGUAUAUCAGAGUAGGCAAGUGUAAAGUACAAAGCGUUGCAUUUCUUACUAUAAUUCUUUCAACUGAAAGCAAGAGUGGGCAGUCUUUUUAUUAGACCAAUAAGGUAAUAAAAUGUAAACGUUCAAGUCCAGUAGGAUCCUUCUUCAGAUUGAGUGUUGCAUGGCUUGAGGACUUUGCAGUGUCUAGCCUAAAGACGCUUCAUACUGGAACAAAAAAACUAACCUAUAACAUCUCUCUUAAUCUCAGGCACAUCCCAGCCAAUCAUUAAGCAAUUUUAAGGCUCACUGUUUCCAAAUCUCCCAUUGCAAUCAGUGGACCUUGAAAUAUUUAACAUGUACUGGAUUUUAUACUCACACUGCUUUAAAAACUCAGCACGAAAUAGCCUGCUAUCUUGCAGUUAUCAUUCUUAGAACAAUACAAUGACAUCACUGUCACUUUACCAAUUAACACGAUUCUUGACUUCACCGUGCUGUUACCUCUGUGCUAUUCCCUGUGCUCAUGGCAACCACUGAAACAGAACAAAGAUGGGGAAGUUCUCAGCACAGCGGCUGCAUGUCAGCCAUUUUGCUUCACACAAGGGGAAAUGGUUGCAGUGUAAUGAUAACCUUACAUUACACUUAGUGGAAAAACCUGACCGAAAUGCCCAAUUUUGCUUCUUAGACUCCAUCUUGUUUUAAGGCUCCUUAAUUUUAUCUCCCUGUUUCCUCCUCUUUUAUCUGUCAUUUGGUUACUAUUGGGUUAUCUGCCAAAGUUGGAAACAUUGAAAAGCAACCCUGAAAUGCUGCUAACUGUUAUGGGGCAAGCACCCCUUGCUGGGACUUGGAGAUGACGAGAGAAGAAAACCCAGUAAUGUUGCUACACCCACUGUCUUAAUUUAUUUGUUGAGAAUGUUGAUGAACCCAUUUGUUUAUGCUUAUUUGUAUAAAGGAGAAAAAAUUAAAAUACUUGUAAAUAUA